GAUGGCGGACGUGUUGGGGACCGAGCUGUCAGAAGAGAAAGAGAGCGAAACCGAGCAAAGAAAAAGACAGAGAAGACCUUGGGAGGAUUUUAACAGGUCGGGAAAAAACAGGAUAACCCCAGAGCUGCCAGAGACGCUGGGCUUUUUCGACAUUAGUGCGGCGAAGAGGGAGCAGCAGGAAUCCUCAGCAGAUCCAUCGUUGACACGCUUCAUUUGUGCAGAACUCACCAGAGGGUACUUCCUGGAACACAAUGAAGCAAAGUACACAGAGCGCAGGGAGAGGGUAUAUACAUGCAUGCGUAUUCCCAAGGAGCUGGAGAAGCUGAUGAUCUUUGGCUUCUUCCUGUGUGCUGAUGCCUUCCUGUACAUCUUCACCCUGCUGCCCCUGAGGGUGCUGCUAGCUCUGCUUCGCCUCCUCACUCUACCAUGCUGUGGCUUCAGGGCACGCACAUGCCCCUACUGCAAAAGAAGCAGUGGGUCACGGUUGCUGCAGCCAGCACAAGUUUGUGAUAUGCUGAAGGGGCUGAUCCUGGUGCUGUGCUUCUCCAUGAUGCAUUACGUGGAUUACUCCAUGAUGUACCACCUGAUCAGAGGACAGUCUGUUAUUAAACUCUACAUCAUCUACAACAUGUUGGAGGUUGCAGAUCGUCUCUUCUCGUCCUUUGGUCAAGACAUCCUGGAUGCUCUUUACUGGACGGCCACAGAACCCAAAGAGCGGAAGAGAGAUAAUAUAGGAGUCAUUCCUCACUUUUUUAUGGCUGUCUUCUAUGUCUUCCUUCAUUCCAUCCUCAUCAUGGUGCAAGCCUCCACCCUCAAUGUCGCCUUCAACUCACAUAACAAGUCUCUGCUUACCAUCAUGAUGUCCAACAAUUUUGUGGAGAUCAAGGGAAGCGUCUUCAAGAAAUUUGAGAAGAACAAUUUAUUCCAAAUGUCUAACAGUGAUAUAAAAGAACGGUUCACUAGCUAUGUUCUCCUCCUCAUCGUCUGUCUCAGGAAUAUGGAGCAGUUCUCAUGGAACCCAGACCACCUGUGGAUGCUGUGCCCUGACGUACUUAUGGUGGUCAUGUCUGAAGUUGCAGUUGACAUCAUUAAACAUGCAUUCAUCACUAAAUUUAAUGAUAUUACAGCAGAUGUGUACAGUGAAUACAGAGCCAGCCUGGCCUUCGAUCUUGUCAGCAGCCGACAAAAGAAUGCCUACACCGACUACAGUGACUCAGUGGCCCGGAGGAUGGGCUUUAUCCCUCUGCCGUUAGCUGUUCUGCUUAUCCGAGUGGUGAUGAGUUCUUUGAAGGUGCAGGGAGCUCUGUCAUACACAUGCGUGCUCCUGUUUUAUCUUGGGAUGGUGACACUGAAAGUUUUAAACAGUAUUGUGCUGCUGGGGAAGUCUUGUGUGUACGUCAAGAGAGCCAACAUGGAGGACAAACUGUUUGAGAGGCCAUCAACCGCUCCGUCCUCCUCAGCAAAGAGCCCAAGCAAGGCUGACCUACGUAGAUGCGCCAAACCCUCAGGUGAAUCCAGCAUCGAUCCCAAUCCUGCCACACCCUUCACCUCACCAGCCUCCUCCUCAUCUGUGACCACUCAGCCAUCCCGACGGCCUGACCUGUUUCCUUCCUCAACCACCAUCGCUUCACCUGCAGCAGCAGCGAGCUCCUCUUUGAUUACAGAACCUCAGUCUGAUGUUGAGCCACCAAUAGCUUCAUCCUUAAAGGAGGAGGAACCAGACGAAGCCUCAGAAACGAACCAGAGGGCUCCCAAAAAAGACCUGCUGGAGAUUGACCGCUUCACGAUCUGUGGCAACAGAAUCGACUGAUCAGCAGCAUCACUGAUGUAGCUGAGAUGUAACCACUCAGGUAUAAUGGAGAGCGAAGGCUUCAAGCUGAAAGCAGAGUAUUUAUUGGCAAUACAUUAAGUUAUUGUUAACAGGGACUCAGCGUCAGACAAUUCUGCUGUGCUUGAUGAAGUCGAGACAUUUGACAGGAAAAGCUUCAGGUGUCUGAUAAACAGCGGGAGACAAAGUGUGAGUGUGGCAGGCGAGUUGUCAGGAUGGUCUGCCAAUGAUGUGUGCGUACCAGUGAUUUUAUGGGUGUCUGUGUGAGUGAAAGAAAGCGACAGCAUAUGUGUGAGUGUGACAGCACACAAGCACUUCCUGAUUGAGCAGCUGUGGGACCAGAAGGAGACAAAUGUCUGUGAGCAGCCAGAAAACAAACUCAAGCGGCAGAAUAUGUUAUUUUUUUAUAAGAAAACAGAUGCUGAACUUUCAUCAAUAUAUUGGCUUUGAAGACAGACUUUAAUUCUUUCAGAGAUUGAUCAAACUGGAAAGCAGGAAAAUGUUUUCUUCACAUUUCAGCCAGCAUGUUGUCUGUUUUAUUGUGAAUAAUUAAAAAAAAUAAUUACGCAAGAUUAAAGAAAAUAUAGACACCAAAGCAUCUGUGAGGAAGAAAACAUGACCUUAUGCUUUUUUUUUAAGACAUUGAAAUGCAAAAUGAAACUUUUUUGUGACAUCACAAAUGGCACAAAGAAAACAACAUAUUUUCUUUUAAAAUGCCUCGGAGCAUUUUGUUUACACCGUUGUUAGAUUAUGAUUGACAUCUUCGCCGACAUACUGACGUUUCAGUAAAGAAACCCAUCCUUACUCAACAGAUAUAGAGCAGAGGCUCAGGUCUGCACAUUAUCUUCACUUUUGGUACAUCUAUAUCAACACUCUUUAUGUAAAAAGUGAAAAUCCUUCAAUAUUGUUAAAAUUAAAAUCUCUAUAUGAAGACAGGGUAUGGUUGACUGAGGUGCCCUCACUGGAAUGUACAAAGUUUACUUUGAUUUCCUCUGGUCUCGAUUGUUUGCACUGAUGGACCAUAAGAUGUUUAUAUCCAGUUAUGUUUCACAUCAGACUCUGCUGAUGUUUACAGGAACAUCUGAGAAAGAUGGAAGUCAUAUGUCCACAACAGAAGGCCUUUCCUGCAUGUGUGCUUUAAAACCAGUGAUUUGACUGACAGAAGUUAUUGUUAACUUUUUUAUUUAAUAUACUGUAUAUUAAUAAAAUAUAAAGUAUAUUAAAAUAUUGUUUUUUUAUAAUUAAAUGUAAGGACAAUAUAAAAAAUCAGAGCUUCGUGAUAUUUCUAUGAAGGGAGUCAAACAAGGAUUUUCAUCUGACUAGAAAAGUUUGGUUUCAAACGUUCUGAAAAUACCAUAUCAAAAUGCGAGAUUUUGUAUUUUAUACUCCAAUUACUGUAAUUCUUUU